UGAAAUAAACCUCACAAUUCAGAAAAUCACAUGACCUUUCAAACAAGUGUAUUAAAAAAAUGCCUUUUCUUUAAUUUUACAGGGUGUGAGAUGGCAAAUGGGGCAGCAGAGAGUCCUCUGAGAGACGGCUGCAGGAUUUAGCCUCUCUCUGGUCCCCUGCAGGGGGAGGGCAAAUGCCCCCGGCAAGCAGCACAGGGUUCUCCUCGUGGACACACCCUGAAUUAUGGACUCCCUGGGCUACAACUGCUUUGUGGACCGAGACAAGAUGGAUGCAGCCAUCCAGGACCUGGGCCCGAAGGAGCUGAGCUGCACGGAGCUGCAGGAACUGAAGCAGCUGGCACGGCAGGGCUCCUGGGCACGCAGCCACGCUCUGCGGAGCAAGAUGUACCAGCGCCUGAUCCGCGACAUCCCCUGCCGCACAGUCACACCGGACGCCAGCGUCUACAGCGACAUCGUGGGCAAGAUUGUGGGCAAGCACAGCAGCAGCAGCCUGCCCCUGCCCGAAUUUGUGGACAACACGCAGGUGCCCAGCUACUGCCUGAACGCGCGGGGAGAGGGGGCUGUGCGCAAGAUCCUGCUGUGCAUCGCCAACCAGUUCCCCGACAUCUCCUUCUGCCCCGCGCUGCCGGCCGUGGUGGCCCUGCUGCUGCACUACAGCCUCGACGAGGCCGAGUGCUUCGAGAAGGCCUGCCGCAUGCUGGCCUGCAAUGACCCCGGCAGGAAGCUCAUUGACCAGAGCUUCCUGGCCUUCGAGUCGUCCUGCAUGACCUUUGGGGACCUGGUGAACAAGUACUGCCAGGCAGCCCACAAGCUGCUGGUGGCUAUGUCGGAAGACGUGCUGCAGGUCUACUCCGACUGGCAGCGCUGGCUCUUCGCGGAGCUGCCCCUCGGCCACUUUGCUCGCGUCUUUGACGUCUUCCUGGUCGAGGGCUACAAGGUGCUGUACCGGGUGGCUCUGGCCAUCCUCAAGUUCUUCCACAAGGUGAGGGCCGGGCAGCCCCCCGACUCGGACAACGUGAGGCAGGACAUCCGCACGUUUGUCAAGGACAUUGCCAAGAUGGUGUCUCCUGAGAAGCUGCUCGAGAAGGCGUUUGCCAUCCGGCUCUUCUCUCGGAAGGAGAUCCAGCUUCUGCAGAUGGCCAACGAGAAGGCGCUCAAGCAGAAGGGCAUCACUGUCAAGCAGAAGAGGCAGUUCGUGCACUUGGCUGUGCACGCAGAGAACUUCCACUCGGAGAUCGUCAGCGUGAAGGAGAUGCGGGACAUCUGGUCGUGGGUCCCUGAGCGCUUCGCCCUCUGCCAGCCCCUGCUGCUCUUCUCCUCACUGCAGCACGGCUACAGCCUGACCAGGUUUUACUUCCAGUGUGAAGGCCAUGAGCCCACCCUCCUGCUCAUCAAGACCACGCAGAAGGAGGUCUGUGGAGCGUACCUGUCGACAGACUGGAGCGAGAGGAAUAAGUUUGGGGGCAAGCUGGGCUUCUUUGGGACAGGAGAGUGCUUCGUGUUUCGGCUGCAGCCCGAGGUCCAGCGCUAUGAGUGGGUGGUCAUCAAGCACCCAGAGCUGACCAAGGUGUCAUCCCUGAUGUCCUCAGAGACCACCGCCACCCCCGCCCUGCCCGGCCACUCCAUCUCCACAGACCCCGCUGACCGCCUCUCGCCGUUCUUGGCCACACGGCACUUCAACCUGCCCUCCAAGACAGAGUCCAUGUUCAUGGCUGGGGGCAGUGACUGCCUCAUCAUAGGUGGUGGGGGUGGCCAGGCGCUCUUCAUCGACGGGGACCUGAACCGGGGUCGGACGGGGCACUGUGACACUUUCAACAACCAGGCCCUCUGCUCUGAGAACUUCCUCAUCGCUGCCAUCGAGGUGUGGGGCUUCCAAGACCCCGACAUCCAGAACCCAGACCAGUGA